ACGCGCUGGUCGGGCCGGGCGCGGGGCGGGGCCGGGCGCGGCGGCGGCGUCGGAGGGGCCCAGCUCCCGGACCGCACCUGCCGGACAAAGGCUAGCAGCGGCCCGGAAGCUUUGGGGCGGCUUUCCCGCCCGUCGCGGGCCGGCGUCCCAGCUGUCAACGUUUCCUCCAGCCCGCGGAAGCAGUGACAGAUAGGAGUUUUGGAAAGAAAAGUCUUUUUUGACUCUCAGGUGGGGAGGAAGAAGAAUUUUGCAGACUUUGCUCUCGUGAGCCAUUCUUGGUUCCAGCUUGCCAACACUUGGUGUCACAUGUGAGCCUGCCACACGUGUUCACUCUCCAUUCCAGCUCUGUGAUUGAACUCUGCUCUUACUGACUAGGGGCCAGUUGGGCAGGCAUGCUUCAUUCCUGAAAUUAACAGUCAUUCCAUAAGAAGUUGGAUUCCAUGGGUUCCAAGAGAAGAAGAGCUACUUCCCCUUCCAGCAGUGUCAGUGGAGACUUUGAUGAUGGGCACCAUUCUUUGCCCACACCAGGCCCAAGCAGGAAAAGGAGAAGGCUGUCUAAUCUUCCAACUGUAGAUCCUAUAGCUGUGUGUCAUGAACUCUAUAACACAAUCCGUGACUAUAAGGAUGAACAGGGCAGACUCCUCUGUGAGCUCUUCAUUAGGGCACCAAAGCGAAGAAAUCAACCAGACUAUUAUGAAGUGGUUUCGCAGCCCAUUGACUUGAUGAAAAUCCAGCAGAAACUAAAAAUGGAAGAGUAUGAUGAUGUUAAUCUGCUGACUGCUGACUUCCAGCUCCUUUUUAACAAUGCAAAAGCUUAUUAUAAGCCAGAGUCCCCUGAAUAUAAAGCUGCUUGCAAACUGUGGGAUUUGUACCUUCGAACAAGAAAUGAGUUUGUUCAGAAAGGAGAAGCAGAUGAUGAAGAUGAUGAUGAAGAUGGGCAAGACAAUCAAGGCACGGUGACUGAAGGAUCUUCCCCCAGUUACCUGAAGGAGAUCCUGGAACAGCUUCUUGAAGCCAUAGUUGUAGCCACAAAUCCAUCAGGCCGGCUUGUCAGUGAACUUUUUCAGAAACUGCCUUCCAAAGUGCAAUAUCCAGAUUAUUAUGCAAUAAUUAAGGAGCCUAUAGAUCUCAAGACCAUUGCUCAGAGGAUACAGAAUGGAAGCUACAAAAGUAUUCAUGCAAUGGCCAAAGAUAUAGAUCUCCUAGCAAAAAAUGCCAAAACAUAUAAUGAGCCUGGUUCUCAAGUAUUCAAGGAUGCCAAUUCAAUUAAAAAAAUAUUUUAUAUGAAAAAGGCGGAAAUUGAACAUCAUGAAAUGACUAAGUCAAGUCUUCGAAUAAGGACUGCUACAAAUUUGGCUGCAGCCAGACUGACAGGUCCUUCGCACAGUAAAGGCAGUCUUGGUGAAGAAAGAAACCCCACUAGCAAGUAUUACCGUAAUAAAAGAGCAGUCCAAGGGGGUCGCUUAUCAGCAAUUACCAUGGCGCUUCAGUAUGGCUCAGAAAGUGAAGAGGAUGCUGCUUUAGCUGCUGCACGUUAUGAAGAAGGGGAGUCGGAAGCAGAGAGCAUCGCUUCCUUUAUGGAUGUUUCAAAUCCUUUUUAUCAGCUUUAUGACACAGUUAGGAGCUGUCGAAAUAACCAAGGGCAGUUAAUAGCUGAACCUUUUCUCCAUUUGCCUUCAAAGAAAAAAUACCCAGAUUAUUAUCAGCAGAUUAAAAUGCCCAUAUCACUUCAACAGAUCAGAACAAAGCUAAAGAACCAAGAAUAUGAAACUUUAGAUCAUUUGGAGUGUGAUCUGAAUUUAAUGUUUGAAAAUGCCAAACGCUAUAAUGUUCCCAAUUCAGCCAUCUAUAAGCGUGUUCUGAAACUGCAGCAAGUUAUGCAGGCAAAGAAGAAGGAGCUUGCCAGGAGAGAUGACAUUGAAGAUGGAGACAGCAUGAUCUCUUCAGCCACUUCUGAUACUGGUAGUGCCAAAAGAAAAAGGAACACUCAUGACAGUGAGAUGUUGGGUCUCAGGAGGCUAUCCAGUAAAAAGAACAUAAGAAAACAGCGAAUGAAAAUUUUAUUCAAUGUUGUUCUUGAAGCUCGAGAGCCAGGUUCAGGCAGAAGACUUUGUGAUCUGUUUAUGGUUAAACCAUCCAAGAAGGACUAUCCUGAUUAUUAUAAAAUCAUCUUAGAGCCAAUGGACUUGAAAAUAAUUGAGCAUAACAUCCGCAAUGACAAAUAUGCAGGUGAAGAGGGAAUGAUGGAAGACAUGAAACUCAUGUUCCGCAAUGCCAGGCACUACAAUGAGGAGGGUUCCCAGGUAUACAAUGAUGCACAUAUCCUGGAGAAGUUGCUCAAAGAUAAAAGGAAAGAGCUAGGUCCACUACCUGAUGAUGACGACAUGGCUUCUCCCAAACUGAAGCUGAGCAGGAAGAGUGGUGUUUCUCCUAAGAAAUCAAAGUAUAUGACUCCAAUGCAGCAGAAACUAAAUGAAGUAUAUGAAGCUGUAAAGAACUACACUGAUAAGAGGGGUCGCCGCCUCAGUGCUAUAUUUCUAAGGCUUCCCUCUAGAUCAGAGCUGCCAGACUACUAUCUGACCAUUAAAAAGCCCAUGGACAUGGAAAAAAUUCGAAGUCAUAUGAUGGCAAACAAGUACCAAGAUAUAGACUCUAUGGUUGAGGACUUCGUCAUGAUGUUUAACAAUGCCUGUACAUACAAUGAACCAGAAUCUUUGAUCUACAAAGAUGCCCUUGUCCUACAUAAAGUCCUUCUUGAGACUCGGAGAGACCUGGAGGGAGAUGAAGAUUCUCAUGUUCCAAAUGUGACCUUGCUGAUUCAAGAACUUAUCCAUAAUCUUUUUGUGUCGGUCAUGAGUCAUCAAGAUGAUGAAGGGAGAUGCUACAGUGAUUCCUUAGCAGAAAUUCCUGCUGUGGAUCCCAACUUUCCCAACAAACCUCCCCUUACAUUUGACAUUAUUAGGAAGAAUGUUGAAAACAAUCGCUAUCGGCGGCUUGAUUUAUUUCAAGAACAUAUGUUUGAAGUGCUGGAAAGGGCAAGAAGGAUGAAUCGGACAGAUUCCGAAAUAUAUGAGGAUGCGGUAGAACUUCAGCAGUUUUUUAUUAAAAUUCGUGAUGAACUCUGCAAAAAUGGAGAGAUCCUUCUUUCUCCAGCACUCAGCUAUACCACAAAGCAUUUGCAUAAUGACGUGGAAAAAGAAAAAAAGGAAAAAUUGCCUAAAGAAAUAGAGGAAGAUAAACUAAAACGAGAAGAAGAAAAAAGAGAAGCUGAAAAAAGUGAAGAUUCCUCAGGUACAACAGGCCUCUCAGGCUUACAUCGCACAUAUAGCCAGGACUGCAGCUUUAAGAACAGCAUGUACCAUGUUGGAGAUUAUGUCUAUGUUGAACCUGCAGAAGCCAAUCUACAGCCACAUAUAGUCUGUAUUGAGAGACUAUGGGAGGAUUCAGCUGGUGAAAAAUGGUUAUAUGGGUGUUGGUUUUAUCGGCCAAAUGAAACAUUCCACUUGGCUACACGAAAAUUUCUAGAAAAAGAAGUUUUUAAGAGUGACUAUUACAAUAAAGUUCCUGUUAGUAAAAUUCUAGGCAAAUGCGUAGUCAUGUUUGUUAAGGAAUACUUUAAAUUAUGCCCAGAAAACUUUCGAGAUGAGGAUGUCUUUGUUUGUGAAUCACGGUAUUCUGCCAAAACCAAAUCUUUUAAGAAAAUUAAGCUGUGGACAAUGCCAAUCAGCUCAGUUAGGUUUGUCCCUCGGGAUGUGCCCUUGCCUGUGGUUCGAGUGGCCUCUGUAUUUGCAAAUGCAGAUAAAGGGGAGGAUGAGAAGAAUACAGACAGCUCAGAGGACAAUCGAGGGGAAGACAAUUUUAACUUGGAAAAGGAAAAAGAAGAUGUCCCUGUGGAAAUGUCUAAUGGUGAACCAGGUUGCCACUACUUUGAGCAGCUUCGUUACAAUGACAUGUGGUUGAAGGUUGGCGACUGUGUCUUCAUCAAAUCUCAUGGCCUGGUGCGCCCUCGUGUGGGCAGAAUUGAAAAGGUAUGGGUUCGAGAUGGAGCUGCAUAUUUUUAUGGCCCCAUCUUCAUUCACCCAGAAGAGACAGAACAUGAGCCCACAAAAAUGUUCUACAAAAAAGAAGUGUUUCUGAGUAAUCUGGAAGAAACCUGCCCCAUGACUUGUAUUCUAGGAAAAUGUGCUGUGUUGUCAUUCAAGGACUUCCUCUCCUGCAGGCCAACUGAAAUACCAGAAAAUGACAUUCUCCUUUGUGAGAGCCGCUAUAAUGAGAGUGACAAACAGAUGAAGAAAUUUAAGGGAUUGAAGAGGUUUUCACUCUCUGCUAAAGUUGUAGAUGAUGAAAUUUACUACUUCAGAAAACCCAUAGUUCCUCAGAAGGAGCCCUCACCUUUGUUGGAAAAGAAGAUCCAAUUGCUAGAAGCUAAGUUUGCUGAGCUGGAAGGUGGAGAUGAUGAUAUUGAAGAGAUGGGAGAAGAAGAUAGCGAGGUCAUUGAACCUCCUUCUCUACCUCAGCUUCAGACUCCCUUGGCCAGUGAGCUGGACCUCAUGCCCUACACACCCCCACAGUCUACCCCAAAGUCUACCAAAGGUAGUGCAAAGAAAGAAGGUUCCAAACGGAAAAUCAACAUGAGUGGCUACAUCCUGUUCAGCAGUGAGAUGAGAGCUGUGAUUAAAGCCCAGCACCCAGACUACUCUUUUGGUGAGCUCAGCCGACUGGUGGGGACAGAAUGGAGAAACCUUGAGACAGCCAAGAAAGCAGAAUAUGAAGAGCGGGCAGCUAAAGUUGCUGAGCAGCAGGAGAGAGAGCGAGCAGCACAGCAACAGCAGCCGAGUGCUUCUCCCCGAGCAGGCACCCCUGUGGGGGCUCUCAUGGGGGUGGUGCCACCACCAACACCAAUGGGGAUGCUCAAUCAGCAGUUGACACCUGUUGCAGGCAUGAUGGGUGGCUAUCCGCCAGGCCUUCCACCUUUGCAGGGCCCAGUUGAUGGCCUUGUUAGCAUGGGCAGCAUGCAGCCACUUCACCCUGGGGGGCCUCCACCCCACCAUCUUCCGCCAGGUAUGCCCGGCCUCCCGGGCAUCCCACCACCGGGUGUGAUGAACCAAGGAGUGGCCCCUAUGGUAGGGACUCCAGCACCAGGUGGAAGUCCAUAUGGACAGCAGGUAGGAGUUUUGGGGCCUCCAGGGCAGCAGGCACCACCUCCAUAUCCAGGCCCUCAUCCAACUGGCCCCCCUGUCAUACAGCAGCCAACAACACCCAUGUUUGUGGCUCCCCCACCGAAGACCCAAAGGCUUCUCCACUCAGAAGCCUACCUGAAAUAUAUCGAAGGACUCAGUGCUGAAUCCAACAGCAUCAGCAAGUGGGACCAAACCCUAGCAGCUCGAAGACGGGAUGUCCAUUUGUCAAAAGAACAGGAGAGCCGCCUGCCCUCUCACUGGCUCAAAAGUAAAGGGGCACACACCACCAUGGCAGAUGCCCUCUGGCGCCUGCGGGAUUUAAUGCUUCGAGAUACUCUCAACAUUCGACAAGCAUACAACCUCGAAAAUGUUUGAUCACAUCAUUAUGUUUCUUUUAUAGAAGCAAAAGAGUUGUGGAACAGUAGCCAUUUUAGUUACUGGGGGUGGGAGGGAAGGAGCAAAGGAUAAUUUUUAUUGCAUUUUACUGUACAUCACAAGGCCAUUUUUAUAUAAGGACACUUUUAAUAAGCUAUUUCAAUUUGGUUUUGUUAUAUUAAGUUGACUAUCAAAUACACAAAGUUUUUUUGCAUAUGUUUCCUUUGUUAAAAACCAGUUUCAUAAUUGGUUAUAUAUAUAGACAUAGUUUAUCUUUUACUUGUUAAGGAACUUAGACCAUCAAAGGUUUUGGCUUGGCUUGGAGUUUUGUUUUUGGUUUUCAUAUGUAUAUGGAAAAACAAUGAAGAAAAAGGUUAUUGAUAAUUUGACAGUGAAAUGUGAAAUUGGUCCUAGUUUACAUCCUAGAGAGUGUGUGUAUGUGUGUGUGUGUGUGUGUGUGUGUGUGUGUGUGUGUGUGUGUGUGUGUGUGUGCGUGUGUGUGUUUCAUAAGCCUGAAUAUAUGAAAAAGCUAUUUCUUACAGGUAAAGUGCAGUGCUUUGCAAGGCUGUUUAGAUUAUAGAUGUGUGACAGACAUGCACAUCUGUUGGAUAACUCAGAGGCUCACUGCAGAAAUGUAAAGUCAGUGCUGUAUGUCCAUCUGCAGCCAGCAUACCCUCUGGAUAACUGGAGGGAAAGAGUAAUUUUUCUUGUGCUAAGUUAGAUGUCUUGUGUUGUCAGUGAUUUUUGCAGAACUUGUGCUCAGCUCUGAAUUCUAUUUAGUCUUGGCAGGUAAGUUUAAGAGUACUUUUGAUCUGCUUGUGAUUAAUUCAGUUUGUGCAAAUACAUGUUAUAUGGUUUGAAAUUUUAAAUCUGUUACAUUGAAAAACACUGAAGUUCAUCAUAAAGUAUUGAGGUGUACAUGGAGGUAGUUUAUGUUAAGCAUAACACCUAAUCUAAGAAAAAGUGUAAAUGGGUACAAACUGUCUUGAGCAAAAUUAUGCAAGGGUAGAUGUUUUGGAUGCUUUAUUUCCUUGUUAUCAGUUGUGGUAUUUUUUUUCUAAUUUUCAGGGUUGUAAUUCUCAACCAGAAAUACUUUCUAAAAUGUUUUUAAAUGUAGCUUGUGCUUUUGAUUAUAGGAGAAGGGAAUCAUAAUUUAAGAAAACAUUAACUAAAAAGACCAUUACAGGUCCUAAAUACUUGGAUUUGGUGACCCUGUCUGAGACAUGGUCUCACUAUGUAGCCCUGGCUGGCCUUGGAACUCACAAUAUAGGCCAGGCUAGCCUCAGACUCACAGAGAUCCUCCUGCCUCUGCCUUCCAAGUGCUGGAAUUAAAGGUAUGGACACCACACCCUGCAACCCAUCUCUUUCUCACAUAGCCCUAGAAUAAACACUUGGAGGCAGUAUAUGGUAUUCAGAUGGUAGGAAACUACAAACAUGGAACAUUUCACAUGAUGGUACGUUUUUUGAAACCUGCUUUAUUGUAACAGGGUGCUUGUGUUGUGCUGUUGCUUGUACUGCUAUUCACUGAGAAUGAUUCUCAAAGGAUACUUUUUUUCCUUUUAAAAAUGUAUGGCAGUAUGUCUAACUGCCAUGUUAAUCAUGAGAGCAAAAGCAUAUAGAGUGAAAAGUCCCUUGUAUCUUCUUUAAAUACGGAGGUCUUUAUAACUUUAAUUGCCAUUAGUCAGCUACUGGAUCUCAAUUUUCAUCAAGAAUUUUAAAUAACUUAAAAUUUUUAAAAAUGUACUGCAGUAGUAUGUCAGUACCUUAUUGUUAAGCUGAAUCAAAUAAAUCUUCAACUCGUGGUUAUUCGGACCAUUGACUCAUCAUGGACUGUAUAAUGCAAUCAGAUUCUUUUCCUUUCUAGGCAUCCUUGAAUGGCACCAAAGAACCCAAAACUUAAUUUUGGUUAAAUUAUUUAUUUAUUUCAUGCAUUCAUUUAAUUUCCCUUUUUAAAGGUCUGGAUGAGACUUCCUUUUGGGGGCCUCUAGAAACUUCACCAUCAGCCUCAGGAGCACUCGAAGCCAGAACACUCCUCCUCCAGGCUCUUCCCAUUACCUUGGUGCUGUAGGAACCAGGAGCCAGCCUCAGGCUCCUUAAGGCAGUGUAUAGCCAGCACAG